AAUAGGCGAGUUUCAGUCAAAACAAAGCCGCGGGAGUAGCAGGAGCGCCCGACUAAUUUUCCCACGAGAAAGGUUGUUUAUAACGCCGUUUUACUUCUUCUCUCGCUAUGUUUCUGUAUGUUCUCCUGUGCUGUGUUGGGGUCGUGUGCUGUUACAGCAGCGGAUAUGUCAGUGAAGUUUGUGGAUCUAUGACGCCUAAUCACGGGUCUAGCGCUCAGUCCGGCACUGCUCCGUUCACCGUCACCGCGGACAAGACCGCCUUUAAAGCGGGAGAUCAAAUCACAGUAACGUUAAGCGGCCAAUCAGGGAAUCUGUUUGAAGGCUUUAUGUUACAAGCACGUCAAGUCGGUUCAUCUGCUUCCCUUGGCACUUUUACCGUGACGGACAGUAAUGCACAGACCCUCACCUGCGACGGAAUGGCUAGUAGAGCAGUCUCUCACACAUCAGGCAGUAGAAAAAGUUCAAUUCAAGCUAAAUGGACAGCUCCUGCAACUGGAAAUCCGGCAAAUAUAGAAUUCAGAGCAACAUUUGUGAAAACUGCUAAUACUUUUUGGGUUGGUGUCAAGAGCUCUACUGUGACAUAUACAGCGGCAACUACUUCUGCAACUCCGACUAACUCUACUGUGGCACCGGGAACUUCAACUACAGUGCCGACUCAGGCUUCAUCAAAUCCUGAUUGUGGGAAAACCAAAGUCUGUUUCAGUCAGCCCAGCGGCUGUGACCCAGCCGUCAGCACCGGCUGCUACUUCAUGGCAGUUCAGAUGUCAUCUAACCAAUCAGAAAUGAGGAUAGAAAUGUUUGGGCAAGCCGAUGGAUACGUUGCUAUUGGGUUUUCAGAUGACCAAAACAUGGGCAAUGACGACAUCUACAUCUGUGGUAAGGACAGCAGCGGCAACCUGCAAGUGCAACACGCUAUUUCCACGGGAAAAACCUCUCCAACUAUUCUCUCACUGGGGAAUGUGACUAAUAUCAAGACAGCGCUAAUGAAUGGAAAUAAGAUCAAUUGUUCUUUUACUUCCCGUAAUGCCAUUAGCACGGGAAGUAGAGCGUCGUCUACCAGCGAGUACUACCUCAUGAUCGCUGCCGGACCCUCCAACACUCAAGGUAUCCAGAUCCACACAAACAAAUAUGUGAGUAGUACCAAGGCUAGUUUACUGAAUCCAAGCCAGGCCGUUACAAGUACUGAAGAAUUCCCAGCGAUUGUUAAAGCACACGGUUGCCUGAUGUUAAUCUCCUGGAUGACCACGGGCAGUAUAGGGAUGCUCAUAGCACGCUAUUUAAAGGGAGUUGCCAAGGACCACGGUUGCUGUGGUAAAGAUUUCUGGUUUGUGGCCCACGUGUCUCUGAUGACCCUGUCAGUCACUGCCACAGCCAUUGCAUUCAUACUGGUGUUUUCUUAUGCCCAGGAUUGGAGUGGGGGGGCUCAUCCGGUUCUGGGCUGUUUGGUGAUGAUCCUGAGUCUUAUUCAGCCCAUAGUUGCUGCUUGUCGCUGUGAGCCGAAUCACGAACGGAGGUUUGUUUUUAACUGGGCCCAUUCCUUCAUUGCUUUAGCGAUCAAAGGCCUCGCAGUUGCUGCAAUCUUCACUGGUCUGGCACUGUUUGAGGAAUAUGUGGAGGAUGGGUGGAUGCUGAAAGUUAUGGGAGGUUUUAUCACCUGGGAGGCCCUGAUAUACAUUCUUCAAGAUCUUAACCUGCGUGCCAAGAAAAAGGAUUCUGAGCUUUGCAGUUUUGGAUCGGUGAGACCUGAAACAGUCCUGCUUAUCCUGUAUUUAUUGGGAAACUUGGCCUUCUUAAUAGCUCUUCUUGUUGGAAUAGGAAGAACUUGAAUAACCACAAUAUUUUAUGGCCUCCCUCACUGGUUUUAAAGCCACUUUUUUUUUUUUUUUUGCCUUUUUGCUGUAUGUGUAUAUAUGUAUUUGUUAUAUACAAUGUUCAUUUGGUGUUUUAUAUAAGAAUUGCUACAUGAUUUUUAAUUUUUAAUAAAGCUGUCUUUCCAAUUAAAUUAA